AUGAGUGAAGAAAAGAGUGGUAAACCAGCUGAGAUGGGAAACAUAGAUCAUAGCAAUAUAAAUGGUAUCAGAAGCAAAAGGCUGGUUCAGCAACCUUUCCAUCCAGAUUUGUUCACGAGACAAAGAUUGUCUUCUCUAGGAAGUAAUCAAUCCAAAACUCAUCCUGCCUCUGGAGAUCCACCUGUUGAUACAGAAACAGAGACAACAGAACCUUGUCCUCCAACAUAG